AUUUUUUUCCUAUCGCAGAUUUAAAUGUGCGAAUUUGACGUCUUUGACUCGUAAGAAAAAAAGUGCGAACAUAACAGUGAAAUUAAGAUAAAAAUAUUAUGAAUAAUUUGCCAUCUAAUUCUGGUCACUCCCGUGGCCGAGGUCGUGGAACUAAAAAAAAUGAAGAAGUAACUCGUGGCUUGGGGCCUCAAUUGGGACAGCCUUCCAGUUCAAGCGGGAGUCAGCAGCAUCAAGUAAGAGCAGCUGCUGCUGCUUCUUCCUUAGGCAACGAACCUCCGAAGCAGUUGCAUGAAGGUUCAGGCAGUCAAAGUACUACCGAGACCCUGAAAUCUCGCGAGACUGAAGGAAGUGGUGAAGCACGUGGAUCUGUUCGCGGUCGCCGCGUAAUAACGGACGUUGUACACUCUCGCCCUCAGGGAUUGGUGACCAAAACGGGAUUGUCGGGGACAAGAACUACCGUCCAAACCAAUUAUUUUAAGCUUUUGACCACCCCGAAUUGGACGAUUUACCAAUACCGAGUGGACUUUGUUCCGGACGUAGACAAUACUCGCUUGCGGCGUGGGUUGUUAUCGGAACACAGGAAUCUUCUGGGCGGUUACAUAUUUGAUGGAACCGUCAUGUUUUGCUCAACAGCUUUCAAGCCUGUGCCCAAAAGUGCAUACGUUUUGGAGUUGGUGACCACAAGUCGCUCGGGUGAAAGAUUUGAGGUCAAAAUAAAACAUGUCGGAACUGUGGAAUCCGGCGAUUCUCAGCAAUUUCAGGUUCUCAAUCUGAUUCUGCGUCGAGCCAUGGAGGGUUUGAAUUUGCAGCUGGUCUCACGGAAUUUUUUUGACCCGAAGGCCAAGAUUAACCUGGAGAACUACCGGAUGGAAUUAUGGCCCGGAUAUCAAACUUCUAUUCGCCAACACGAAUCGGACAUAUUGCUGUGCUCUGAGGUUGCACAUAAGGUGAUGAGAACUGACACCUUGUUUAACAUUUUGUCCGAGACGAUUCGUGAGAAUGACGAUUAUCAAGCUGCAUUCAAGCGACAAGUAAUUGGCAUGGUUGUUUUCACGGAUUACAACAAUAAAACGUACCGUGUAGAUGAGGUUGACUUCGACUCGUCUCCAUUAUCGACAUUUGCUACCAAAAAUGGGAAGAUCAGCUACGUGGAAUACUAUAAAACGCGUUAUAACAUCACCAUCAGGGACUGCAAGCAGCCAAUGAUUGUGUGCAAUCCGACAGAGAAAAAUAUUCGCGGUGGAGUGGAUCAGCUCAUUAUGUUGAUUCCCGAAUUGGCUCGUGCCACUGGAAUGACAGACGCUAUGCGUUCCAAUUUUAGGCUGAUGAAGGCAAUGAGUGAGUACACCCGAUUAGCUCCUGAUCGCCGUAUUGAGCGCCUCCGUGCUUUCAAUAGCCGCCUGAAAUCAUCUGCACAGAGCAUGGAAGUCCUAAAAUCGUGGAAUAUUGAUCUGGAUGUUGCGUUGGUUGAGAUACCGGCACGUGUAUUACAACCAGAAAGGAUUCUUUUCGGGAACCAGGCGCGGUUCAUGUGCGACCAUCGCGCAGAUUGGUCAUUCGAGUUUCGUAAGAAUUCCAUGUUCAGCCACAUGGAUAUUAAGAGGUGGUAUGUAAUAACACCGCAACGUCAUAAGCGCGAGGCUCAAGAUUUCGUUAAACUGUGCAUUCGAGCAGCUUCUGGCAUGAAGAUGUUGAUUGCCGAACCACGAUAUGAGGAAAUUCCCGAUGACCGCAAUAGCGCCUAUUCUCGAGCUAUUGACGAUACCACAGCGAAGGAUCCGCAAAUUGUAAUGCUUGUUCUGAAAACUCCUAAUGAAGAAAAGUAUAGUUGCAUCAAGAAGCGAGCUUGUGUGGAUCGCCCUGUGCCGUCGCAAGUUGUGACGCUGAAAACCAUUGCCCCGCGUCAAGAAAGGGCUGGCGGUUUGAUGUCGAUCGCCACAAAAGUUGUCAUUCAAAUGAAUGCCAAGUUGAUGGGCGCUCCGUGGAUGAUAGAGCUGCCUUUGCGUGGUCUAAUGACGGUCGGCUUUGAUGUGUGCCAUUCCCCGAAGAGUAAGAACAAAUCAUAUGGUGCUUUGGUAGCCACAAUGGACAUGAAAGAGUCUCAGCGCUACUACUCUUCGGUGACGGAGCACAUGAAGGGACAGGAGUUGUCGAAUCAGAUGUCCAUGAAUAUGACAUACGCCUUAAAGGCUUACCGCGACUUGCAUGGGGCUCUACCAGAGCGCAUUCUCUUCUUCCGUGAUGGUGUUGGCGAUGGCCAACUUCAUCAGGUUUUCAACACUGAAGUAAAAUUCUUAAAGGCCAAGCUUGAUGAAAUUUACAAGUCGGCAGGCAAGCCUGAAGGCUCACGCAUGGCCUUUGUUGUCGUCGCAAAACGCAUUAAUACUCGUUACUUUGUUAACAGGCGCAAUCCCGUGCCGGGUACCGUAGUCGACGAUGUUAUUACAUUGCCAGAGCGUUACGACUUUUUCCUAGUGUCACAGGCCGUCAAUCAGGGAACGGUGUCACCAACAAACUACAACGUCAUCCAUGACAACAUGGGACUCAGCGCUGAUAAGAUUCAGAUGCUGGCAUAUAAAAUGACCCACAUGUACUACAAUUGGUCUGGUUCUUGUCGUGUCCCUGCCGUAUGCCAAUAUGCACACAAAUUGGCUUUCCUUGUGGCCGAAAGCAUCAAUCGAGCCCCAUCAGCAGCUUUGGAAAACCAGCUAUACUUCUUAUAAUGUGUAAAACUCUUGUACUAUUUAAAGUUACUUACAAAGAUUAUGAAAAUUUGUAUUAUUUUAUGUUUCCUCAUGACACCAAAACAAAUAUUUGUGAAAUCAUUCCAUGACUACUAUUUAAGCAAUGACCACCCCUCAUUAUAUAUAUGAAUUAUUCUACAAAAGUGCAAGCAGGUCUGCACAAUCUGUGUGAAACUUUGCAUUUCUUGUACACCUUGAAGUUAUCGUUUACGUUAAGUAAAGAAAUUUAAUUUUGGUAAUUUUAAAACUCUAAAAACAUAACAAAUAAAGUUGUUUACAAAAAAAAAAA